AUGUCCUCAUCGAUCCUAUUUGUAAAAGCAUUAUACGACUUUACUUCUACAGAUACUUCGAGUCUUUCCUUUAAAAAAAAUGAUAUAAUACAAGUUCUUACGCAGCUAGAAUCUGGUUGGUGGGACGGUCUAUGCAACGGUGAGCGUGGCUGGUUUCCUAGUAAUUAUGUUACAAAUUUAGAUGACGAGGAUGAUAUAUCGGAUGAGGAUAAGUUAGCCGAUUGGAUUCCUCAACAAACUCCGGACGGUGAUAUAUUUUAUUAUAAUACCCGAACGGGUGAAUCAUCUUGGGAAUUACCCAGAGAAGAUAAGCCUAUGGAUGAUAGUUCUACACAACGUGGCAGUAAUUACACUGGAUCCGGUGUCUCUACACAAUCUACCAUGA